UAGUACGGGUUUUGAACGCGUCGCGUAUGAACACUACUCAGCUGAAGUGUUAAAGCACACUUUUCGAAGCAACAGGACAUCGUGUCAAUUUUCGAAGACAUUUCGUUGUGUUUCCGGUUGCUCUAAGUGGGCAUGCGAAUGUGUGUGUGCAUACGCUAUUUAGUAAAUAAAUACAUAUACAUAUAUAUUUUAUAUAUAUGUUAUUGUUAAACGGUUAUGAGUGAAUAGUUCGAAAUCGUACAGAUUUACUGUUAUACGUUAUUAUAACUGUUUUUGACUGAAAAGUUGCUUUUGAAUUUGUGUGUAUAUAAUUUGUGCAUUACAACAGGCAUAUUUAAACACAAAAUCAACGUUAUCAGUUUCAAAAAAAUAAUAAUAAUAAAAAACCAGUACAUAUACAUAUACAUACAUACAUGCAUAUGUAUAGAGAUAUUUUUGUUUUUAUGUACAAAAAUUAAAUGAAACACUUUUGUGUUCCAAAAUAUGUGAACCACCAGUGAAUUGCGCGCAGAGUAAACGUAAUCAACAACAGAAACGUAAUCAUACACCAAAAACAAGAAAAGCCAACGUGCCGAAGUGCAACAAAGUUCAGUUAAAGGAUCGUGGAAAUAAAUUAGAAAACUCAAGUUUUUAGAAUAUUUUUUUUUAACAAUUAUUGAUAACGGGAUGAGGCGCAAGAGCUGCCUAAUCUUUUUGUUUUGUUUGCUGUCCGCACUCAGUGCGAGUGUGAGCGCAUUUCAUAUUAUCGCUUUGAACCGCCAAUAUGAGUAUGAGUAUGUCGGUACGGUGGCAGUGGGUGCCAAGGCACCACAAGAAGAUGAACAUCCGGCACCGCCGACUUCCGGUUGGAUUGUGCGCGGCAAGUUGACCCUACAACGGCAGACAGCUAAUGUUUUGGCCGCAGCGCUCGUCAUCGAUGACAUAACACUUAAUAAUUCUGGUGAAAAGUUCCUACAGAAUAAGGAAAUGUAUCCACCCUACAAACCGUUCAAAAUCGUACUAACACCCGAUGGCACAAUCUCACAUCUCGUCUUCAAGGAAGCAGAUCCAAUUUGGUCGACUAACUUCAAGCGUGCUAUUGCAUCUAUAUUACAAUUUCAAGUGGAGUCUAGCGGCGCUUUUGUAGUCGACGAGAUCGGCAUACAUGGCAAAUGUUCGACAGAGUAUUUCGUUUCGAAUAAAACCAAUUACAUUUCCAUACGAAAGACUCCUGAACUGAAGACUUGCACACCCUUCUCCGAAGCCAUUCACGUCACACGCAGUAAUGUUCCUUCCAAUACUUGUGAAUUCGACUUCCAAAAGAACGUCAUUAUUGGUAAUGAGGCCAUUUAUGGCAUGCUGCCACAUCCGGUGACUGGUUACUUUCUUAGCAUGGCACAUGUCAAGGGCACAACGUUGAUACAUACAUUUGAGUCGACCGGAGAGGCGCAAUAUAUAAAUUCAGAACUUUUGCUAAAUUUUCUGAAUGAAACCUCCAUCGAUAAUCCCAUAGACAUUGAGACAUCCAUGUGUUCUGAGGUGUCUGGGAUUGAGUUAUUACCCGUCGAACUUAACGAUCCAACGGGCGGACGUAAUCCACAACUGCAGGAAACUUUAAUAACCGCUGCUUCCAGUAUGCUUAAUAGCCUUGCUGAGGGUUUAGAAGAUGCCGAACUACAAUUUGGUGAACCCUAUGAUACCGCUGUUUCUGAUUUAAUAAAAGUGCUGUCCGAAAUGGAUUACGAUUCGUUAAAGAAGCUUUAUAGAGAUGUUGAUAUCGGUACAUCGUAUCGACAGGAGACGCUACGAAAUAUAUUUCAUGAGAUUAUACCACGUAUUGGCACAAAAGCCUCUGUAUUUCUAACAAGAGAUUUGGUGUUGGCAAAGGAUCUUAAGUCUACGAUUGCGGUACAGCUUCUAAUUUCAAUUCCAUUCCAUAUUUUUGAGUUGUCAUUGGAUAUGGUAAAAGAAUGCGAAGUUUUUCUCACAUUGGGACCUGAUCGCCCAGACGUACAUCAAGCAGCUAUUUUGAGUUUCGCUACCCUGGUACAUAACGUCUUCAUGGCUGGACGCAUCAAUAAAGAUGUCUUCGAGGAAUAUGUACAAAAGUAUUUCAAUCUCUAUUUGAAUAGCCGCGAUUAUGAGCAGAAAAUGCUAUACCUACAAGGUCUGAGCAAUCUGCAAGUGGGCAAUGUAGCCAACUAUCUUGAUCCCAUUGUUAGCGAUCCAAAUGAAAAUGAGGAUAUCAAGUUCUUAGCCGCUUGGGCAACACUCUCACUGGCUACCGAGCGUGCAGAACGGAUCUAUGAAAUAUACUGGCCAAUCUUUGAGUCACGCAAUGCCAGCUUGGAGUUACGUGUUACCGCUGUUACUCUCCUAUUAAUUUCAAAUCCCACAGCAGCACGUCUUAUUAGUAUUCAUCGCAUUAUACAAAGUGAAACUGAUCCGCAUAUGAUAAAUUAUUAUCGUACAACCAUCACAAGUAUAUCUGAGACCACCUAUCCCUGUUAUCAACACCUUCGUCGUCUACUCUCUUAUAUGCACCGACAUUUACCCCAGAAGCCCGAACCACGCUACUGGGUUACCGGCAACUAUAUAUUUGAUUAUCGCGAUUCGAAAUACGGCAUUGGCGCAAUGUUGCAAGCCUUUUUGGUUGGUGAUUCGAAAUCAGAUUUACCCGUAGUUGCAUACUUUAAAUUCGAUACAGAAGCGCUCGGAAAGUUUACGGGUCAAUUAGCGUUGUACAUCAAAGCUCGCGGUCUGCCUGAUGCAAUUUUCCAUAAAUUUCUUAAGAAUGCUGCGGACCCACUGAAAUUCGAACAUAUCAAAGAAUUACUACGUGCCAUGAAAGCGCCGAUCAUACAAUCCAAACCUCUACAUCUUGAGUUUAUAUUACAAAUGGAAGGCAAGACAGUGCUGUCAUAUUACCUAAACCAGAAAACUUUCCAAAAACUAACCUAUACAGACCUUAUUAAUCGCGUGAGUUUCAUUAUACGCGCCGAUAGUCACAUCAAUAUGCAGACGGUACGUUGGCCUUUCAUGACCAAAUAUUCAGUGCCCACAGUAUUGGGCACCGCUUCAGACGUCUUAUUGCAAACCACGGUACUUACUUCACUGCGUGGCAACAUCACACAACAUCAAACUAAUGAUCUAAUGAAGUCGGCGCUAGAGAUUGAUGCGCGUUACUCUUCGUAUGCGUCGUGUCGCAGUCGCAGCUACAAUCCAUUCUUAAAUUUGGAUCACGAGAUUAAUCGCGAACAGGGCUUUCUCAUUUAUGUGCCCUUCAAUACUGAUUUGAAUCUGAAUAUUACAAGCAAAUGUCUGCGUUAUUCAUUCCUGCGUCCAGAGAAUAUGACCAGUGGACUCUCGUUCAAAUCGCGUUCUGUAACAUCGACACGUGGUCAAAUAACAAAGGCCACGCAACCAUUCGAGGAGAUCAUGUACCCGGAUCGAUUAGUUGAUGUGUUCCAGCUAUUCAAAUAUGACACCGAGGAUCUGGGAAUUUCGAUGUCCAUAAAAACGAAUCUCAAUGAGCUGAAUAAAUAUCGUGGCAUGCUGCUCAAAUCAGAAUUUAUGGAAAAUGGUUUCUCCCGUAAUGUGGUCAUCAAUUUCCUGAUGUAUGUUUUCGGUGUAGCACAGUUGAGUUCAAUCCAUCUGGGUUAUGACCGCAACUUUACAAUGCUCAUACAGAACGAGAAACCUACAAAGAUCGAUGGUUCAAUUUGCAAACAAGAUCUUCUGAACACAGCCGAGAAGAUUGGACAGCAAUUCAGUAUGACAAUGGAGCACUCGAGCAACUUGAACGUUAACGAAGCUUUACAUAGUUGGAAUGUUACAAUGGAUGUCUAUUCCUCGACGAAGAAUAACUGGUUCAAUAUUAUUGGCAACUUGGAACGCACAUCGAAAAUUGAUACACGUGAUUGGAAAGCAGAAAUCAAUGCAACCUAUGCACCACUCGUAUUCACCAAACGGCCACACACCUUCAACAUAGAUGUGGUGUUCGGCAACGCCAGCAGAACGAAUGAAAAUCCGCUUAACACUUCAAAAGUGCAUUUCUCCGGCAGAGCAGGACCUUCGGAUUAUGCGCGCGAUUUCCUACUCUCCGACAAUCCAUUCACCGAUACCGAUUUCUGUCCGAAGGAAGUACUCAAAUUCAGCCCUAUACCAACCUCGAAGUAUUGCAAGCGUAGUAAUUUUGAAAAUUUCACAUCGACCACCAAAUAUGAUAUGGAUUUGAAAUUCGAUAAUAUGCCUGCCUGGUUUGAUUUAUGGUCUACACGUUUGGAUCACUUCGUCUCUGCCUUGUCUGAGAAAAAGGUGGAGAGUCUUAAUUUGGAUGAGGAAAUUAAAUUCUCACUUCAUGCGCCUAACGACUAUUUCUGGCUGACGGUGGAAGUGAACGGUGUGAAUUGGCGCAUUUAUCAUAUACCAUUCUUGCAGAAAUUGGACUCAAAAUAUGAUGCCUCACAUGAGAUAUCCUAUGAUUCAGGACUCAAACGCUCCUGUUCGGUAAUAAAUGGCAUGGUUAAUACCUUCGACGACUACCUAAUCAACCUGAGCGAAUUCACCAAAGUAACUGUGGCCAAGCACUGUCAAACGCUCUUGGCUGCCGACUGUUCAGUGUUGCCAGAGAUGGCCAUAUUUUUGUUGCCUUCACCGGAGUACGGCUUAAGCGCCAAUUACGGUCUUCGCGUUUACAUUGGACAGAAUUAUUUCACCUUUAGGUCGGUAGAUAAUCAAACGAAACUACACGAUGAAGCGCCCAUAUAUAUAACGGUUAACAGCAAUGACACAUUAAUCAAUUUGCGCGAUAAACCCUAUCAAUAUCCGGAAGGUGUGAGCGAUUACGAUUUUCACGUGGAAUUGACUGAACAUAAUAUACUCAUCGUUGAAAAUGCACAAAUGCAUUCGACCAUACAGUUUGAUUUGUCCAAUGUCUUGAAUUUCGAAAUUUACGGACUCUACAAAAGUAAAAUGUGUGGACUCUGUAGCAAACCGUUGAAUGCCAUGCAAAAUUACACAUUAUGCAUGUAGAAGGGAGUUACUAACGAGUGACAGUGACAGUGAAGUGAAGGUUUCAUUACACACAAACAGACAAACAAACAUACAUAGAUUGUAUAUUAAAAUAUGCAUAAAUAUAUGUUAUGUAGAGUAGCACAUUUAUUAAUACGUGUACAAUUACAAAUUAAUGAGAAGUUUUAAUAAAAAGAAAAUUAAAUGAUCUUAUGAUAA